ACCCCCUUUGGGCUCCCGAGCCGCUGGGCUGCAAUAGUCGGGGUGCGCGCCAACAGGCGCUGCCGGCCCCGCUUCUGCCCGGCAGUCAGGUCCCAGGAGCGGACGGACCCAGGCGCUCGCGUCCUCUCUGCCGCCUCCUCCUCCUUGGUCUCACCUGAGCUAUUAGCCCACUCGCCUUCAAGGCCAGAGGCCACAGCCCAGACUGAGAGGGACAGCAGAGAGAGGGCACCUGAGGAUACAGAGCUAACACUGGACUAUUUCACCCCCAGGUGAUGAGUGAAGUCGAAAGAUCGGAAGAUUUAAAAAGCAUCUGGAGUCUCCGUAUUGAAUGAAAGACCCAGUGCAAAGGCAUCAUCAUGAACACGAGCCUUCCAUAUCAGCAGAAUCCUUACAGUCCCCGGGGAAGCUCCAAUGUCAUCCAGUGCUACCGAUGUGGAGACACCUGCAAAGGGGAGGUGGUUCGUGUCCACAAUAACCACUUCCACAUCAGAUGCUUCACCUGUCAAGUGUGUGGCUGUGGCCUAGCCCAGUCGGGCUUCUUCUUUAAGAACCAGGAGUACAUCUGCACCCAGGACUACCAGCAACUCUACGGCACCCGCUGCGACAGCUGCCGGGACUUCAUCACGGGCGAGGUCAUCUCCGCGCUGGGCCGCACCUACCACCCCAAGUGCUUCGUGUGCAGCUUGUGCAAGAAGCCUUUCCCCAUUGGAGACAAGGUGACCUUCAGUGGAAAGGAAUGCUUGUGUCAGACGUGCUCCCAGUCCAUGACCAGCAGUAAGCCCAUCAAGAUCCGUGGACCGAGCCACUGCGCUGGGUGCAAGGAGGAGAUCAAGCAUGGCCAGUCGCUCCUGGCGCUGGACAAGCAGUGGCACGUCAGCUGCUUCAAAUGCCAGACCUGCAGCGUCAUCCUCACUGGGGAGUACAUCAGCAAGGAUGGCGUUCCGUACUGCGAGUCUGACUACCACUCCCAGUUUGGCAUUAAGUGUGAGACUUGUGACCGAUACAUCAGCGGCAGGGUCUUGGAGGCGGGAGGGAAGCACUACCACCCCACCUGCGCCAGAUGUGUGCGCUGCCACCAGAUGUUCACCGAGGGGGAGGAGAUGUACCUUACAGGUUCUGAGGUCUGGCACCCCAUCUGCAAGCAGGCAGCCCGGGCAGAGAAGAAGUUAAAGCAUCGGCGGACAUCUGAAACUUCCAUCUCACCCCCUGGCUCUAGCAUCGGGUCACCCAACCGAGUCAUCUGCGCUAAAGUGGAUAAUGAGAUCCUUAAUUACAAAGACCUGGCAGCUCUCCCCAAGGUUAAGUCAAUCUACGAGGUACAACGCCCUGACCUCAUUUCCUACGAGCCUCAUUCUAGAUACACGUCCGACGAGAUGCUGGAGAGGUGUGGCUAUGGAGAGUCGCUGGGAACCUUAUCUCCCUACUCCCAGGACAUCUAUGAGAACCUGGACCUCCGGCAGAGACGGGCCUCCAGCCCAGGAUACAUCGACUCCCCCACCUACAGCCGGCAGGGCAUGUCCCCCACCUUCUCCCGCUCACCUCAUCACUACUACCGCUCCGGGCCCGAGAGUGGCCGGAGCUCUCCAUACCAUAGCCAGUUAGAUGUGAGGUCCUCCACUCCGACCUCUUACCAGGCUCCCAAGCACUUUCACAUCCCAGCUGGAGAAAGUAACAUCUACCGGAAACCCCCGAUCUACAAGCGGCAUGGUGAUUUGUCGACAGCAACCAAGAGCAAAACAAGUGAAGACAUCAGCCAGGCCUCGAAGUACAGUCCAGCCUACUCACCAGACCCCUACUACGCGACGGAGUCUGAGUACUGGACCUACCACGGGUCCCCCAAAGUGCCCCGAGCCAGGAGAUUCUCAUCCGGAGGAGAGGAGGACGACUUCGACCGCAGUAUGCACAAGCUCCAGAGUGGAAUCGGCAGACUAAUUCUGAAGGAAGAGAUGAAGGCCAGGUCCAGUUCCUAUGCAGACCCCUGGACCCCGCCCCGCAGCUCCACCAGCAGCCGUGAGGCCCUGCACACAGCUGGCUACGAUGUGUCCCUAAAUGGCUCCCCUCGGUCCCACUACCUGGCCGACAGUGAUCCCCUCAUCUCUAAAUCUGCCUCCCUGCCUGCCUACAGAAGAAACGGGCUGCACAGGACACCCAGCGCAGACCUAUUCCACUACGACAGCAUGAACGCCGUCAACUGGGGCAUGCGAGAGUACAAGAUCUACCCUUAUGAACUGCUACUGGUGACCACAAGAGGGAGAAACCGACUGCCCAAGGAUGUGGACCGGACACGUUUAGAGCGCCAUCUGUCCCAGGAAGAGUUCUACCAGGUCUUUGGCAUGACCAUCUCCGAGUUUGACCGGCUGGCCCUCUGGAAGAGGAAUGAACUCAAGAAGCAAGCCCGGCUGUUCUAGGCAGAGGCUCUAUAAAUAUAUAUGCAUUUAUAUAAAGAUAUAUGUAAAAUCUCUAUACUGAAGCUCGGUAUAAUCCUCUUGUGUAAUGGGACACACUGCCUGCCAUGAGACUUGCUUUUCUGUACCGUCAGGCAAGCCCACAUCAUCAAGAUAUUUUUAUGCUCCUUACUUUCUCUUUUUUAAGUGCAAUGGGGUUUGGGAAGGAAUUUGUGGGGACUCCCAUCCUUUUACUGGGGAGCCUUUUUAUACUGAAACAUCUAUCCUGACUUGAGUCCCCCAAGGUCCAACUCUCUUUCCUAAAAGAGGUGCCUGAAGGAGUCUCUCUUCUCUCUGCUUCUCGGCUCUUUCCCCCAAUCUCCAGGGAGGAUGCUGACUGUGCAGGUUUCACACUUCACUGGCCCCAGAGGGGCCCUUCUAAAGGUGGAUCCACAGCGUUCUCCCCAAGUUACUGAACACCUUUGAGAGCCCUGAAGAAUUCCCCCACCACCCCAUUAGGACCUCAGUGCUGUCUGGGGGUGAUGCAGCUAGAAAUUGGGUUUCACAUCUAUUCGUUACAGAAAUAAACAAAUGGAUAGGGCCUUGGCCUCUCCUCGCCUCUUCAAUCCUCCUUCUAUCCUUAAUCCUCACCUCUCUAAUCCUCCUUCUAUCCUUAAUCCUCACCUCUCUCUAGUCCAAGUCUAUGACUCAUGGUAGGAAAAGAAAAAGCACUUCCCUUUUCUGCAUCAUUACUUCCCAUGGCCCCGUGCCUGGCCCCUACGUGAAGAACCCAAGGGAGAAAGUGGGAGCCGGGAGCAGGAGACAGCAGGACGCCGUUAGUGCCAGGGCUGCAGGACCCCUGGGGACCCUCCCUCAUUGCUCCCAGAACUUCCGGACCCUCCACCUUAGGAGGAGAGGCCCAUUUUUGCAGCCUGUAUUUUUCAGCCUUACUACAAUCUAUGUGCCUGACAACUCGCCACAGGGCUAAUGUUCCCACCACGGCUCCAACCGAACAACUAGACAGACAACCUCUAACACACCCCUCCAAAGGUAAUACAGACCACGUCCUAAAGGAAGCUUCCUGGCCUAUGUUGUCUGGUCUCUGGGUUGGUAGAGCAGCCCAGCCACACCCCCACCAGUCCUUGGCUCCCACUGCAAAGGUGGCCACGCUUCACGGGGGAAACUUUUGAAGAAUGACUGCUUAUGAGAUUCCAAAUGGAGCACUGGCCAACGUCACUCAUGGUCAUCCUGAUUUCCCCAGUGGCUGCCUUUCCUGCCUCCUUGCCUUCUGGAACAGGGAUGAAAGCUUAACCAUCUCUCCUCCCCUCCCCAAAUCUGCAACCAUGAGUUGGUGAUGGUGAGGUCUGUUCCUUCCUGGAGAUGGCUUGAGUCAGACGGCGAAGGAAGGAUAAAGAAGUGGAAAUGAGUUAUGACUCUCAAGAGGUUAUGUGUUGUGGCAAAUGUAGAACUGACUUCAACUCAACAAAUCCUCACUGAGCACCUACCUGCUGAUGCUGAGCACCUGCUGUAUACUGAGCACUUAAUGUGGGAGGGCAAUGGGAAUACUAGAAUCAUCAACCUGGGGCCCAAUCUCAGGGGCAUGCCUACUAAAAAUGGGUGUCAUAAGGCAUGUACUCAAACAUGACAGAUGUGAGGCAGAAAGUGAUAGGAGACAGCAUGAGAAAGUGUGUGUGACGUUACUAAGAAAGCAGAUGCAGCUGGUGCAGACCAAGGACAGCUUUCUGGAAGAGACUGCAUCUAAGCGAAGUUCAGGAAGGUGAAGGAGACUGAAGGGAGGAGACUGUAACCUGAAAGGGUGAUAGGAUGAAGGGCCAGAAGGGAGGUCUAAUAUAUCCUCAUUUAAAAUGUCCACCCUUUCUGCAUCUUCUCUUUUUGGCCAAUGUCUUUCAACUGUCCUGACCCUUUUAGAAAAGUCCCCAGCCAGACACAAUCAUUGAAACUGCCUCAUUAUCGCUGGUUAAGAACUUGGAGAGAUUGAAGGGCUUUGUUAUUGUUGUUGAAUAUCUUUGUUUCCCAUAAAUGCACAUAAUUUCAACCCAGACUCGUGUCCUUCUGUCGUUUCUCAUGUGAGUGGAAAUGAGUGACAUGGGGAGAGGCUGAACCAUGCACAUUUUUCAAAAUAAAACUAUCAAAGAGAA